AUGAACACUUUCUUCUUUUUUCUUUUAGCUCUCCCUUUUUUCUCAACUUUCCUUUCUCUCUCUUAUUUUAUACUUUAUCUAUUCUUUCUUCUUUUAAAAUGCCUUUUAGUUUUUCCUCUCACUUGCUUUAUAAUUUUUCUCUUUUUCUUUCUUUUUUUUCCUUUCUCUCUCUUGUUUUAUAAAUUUUUUUCUUUUUCUUUCUUUCUCUCUUUAAGUCUUUUCAUCCAUUACUUUUCCACCCCUACAUUAAUUAAUUCCUUUUUCCCUCCAUCUUUUCUGUCUUCUCUUGUUUUUUUCUUUCAAUCUUCUCCCAUUUUAUCCUUCUUCCUUUUUCAUUCCCUCUCUCUUAAUUUCCCCCCCUUCACUUUCUUCAAUUUUUCUUUCUCAUCGACACUUUGCUUUUUGCCAUUUUCUUUUACUUCAUCUCUUUCUGAUGUUCUCUUUUUUUUAUUUUACAUUUUCUUUAUCUUAUCCACAACCAGCAUCCUUCUUUCAUCCUCACUUUAUCUCUUUGACUUCAUCUUCUCUUUCCUUCUUCCUGUAACUCCUACUCUCUUCUCCUCCUUACACCUUUCCAUGUUCAACUCAAUCAUUGUAUUUCUAUAA